AUGGAUACCAAGAGGAGACGGCCCGAACGCGAUCGCCUCAGCGACCUCCCCGACGACAUCAUCGGCCACGUCCUCUCCUUCCUCCCAUCCCAAGAGGCCGCCCGCGCCGCCAUCCUCUCCCGCCGCUGGCGCGGCGCCUUUGCCAACGUCCACACCAUCUCCUUCCAGCAGGCGCCGAGCGACCACGAAUCCUCCCACGACGAUUCGGACGGUGACGAUGAUGUCCCCCGCAGCCCGAACAGGCGGCUCGUCGACUGGAUCAAUAACGCGCUGUUGAUCCGGAGACGCUGCGGCGGCAGGGACGCACAGCUGCGCAGCCUCUGCGUGGACUCUUGCUCGGUGCACGACUGGGUCACCUACGCCCUUGGCCAUGGCGUCGAGGAGCUCCAACUCGAACUUCGCAGGCGCGGGGACCGCAGCCACAUCUGCCAAAGCGAUAAUUCGUCAGACUCUUCAGAUUGUGAAUCAGACUAUUCAGAUUCUUCAUCAGGCUUUUAUGAUUCAUCAGAAUCAGAUUCGGCCGACAGCAGCAGCGUCAGCGGCUACGAAUCAUCUGACGAUGGUGCCAACGUCGGCGGCGAUCGUGCUUUUCCGGCAAGGCUCUAUGCGUGCGCUAGCCUGCGAGCACUGCACCUCUCCUCCUGCUGGACGCUCGAACUGCCAUCCACCGUCCAUCUCCCGUCCCUGGAGACACUGGCUCUCAGCAACAUCAGUUACGCGAGUUCUGGGGGAGACAUCCAGCGGCUGAUCUCCGGCUGCCCGCGCCUCGCCGACCUGACGCUCGAAGCCUGCGACAGGAUCACCAACAUCACCAUGCCGCCAGAAACGCGCCUCCGGAGCUUCGCCUUGCGCUGCUGCCAACGCUUCCGUGGCAUCACCCUGGACUUGUCGGAGACACGAGAGUUCGAGUACAGAGGCCGGCAGCCCGACGCUUCUCAGUUCACGCUCGUCGGCGGCGCGCCAACAAGAAUUGUUUCAGCCAAGAUUCACGUAUGCGGCAGGAGGAUCGACCUUGAGAGGCUCCGAGAGUUCCUUCUCCUGUUUGCGAACGCCGCGCACCUCCAACUCGGAUGGCCCGACAAGCAGUCCCGAUCCGACUACGAUGAUUUCUUCGCUCAGUUCCCUCUGUUCCACAACGUCACGAGGCUCGAGCUGGCAAGCCGUUGCAAGCAUCAGGGUGUCGUCCUCACGGUGGCCGGGAUCCUGCAGCAGACGCCAAACCUGACCGUUCUGUCGCUCAACCUCGGCGACGACAGGAACAGAGUCCUCCUGGAUGACCAGGACGUCGCUGUGGAUGUGCCGAAGGUGCCGGUGCUGUGCUUGGGGGAGAGGCUGAGGGAGGUGAGCGUGGAGCAGUACGAGGGGGCCAACGUGCAGAGGAAGCUGCUCCAUUGGUUGCUUACCGGCGCGCUGGUCGUCGAGUCUGUACGCGUCGUGUUUGCCAAGGGGGGAUACUCGGUGCUCGAUGAGUUGACGACCGAAAUCAAACAUUGGGCCGCGAAUCCGGCUGCCAUAGUUUCAUUUUUGUGA